GCCAUGGCCUCGCACAUCGAGCCCACCGCAAGCCUCUUACCCCAUCACGUCCCCAGCAAUGUUCAAAGUCAAAUCGCCAACAUCACUAUCCAUCCACGCCCUCAUCAUCUUGUCGCUGCCCCUGUGCGCCGUUGCUCAGUACGAAGAUAGUUGGGAGCAUGAGACUGGAAGCAACACUCCUGGCGCAGUCAUAGCUGGCAUUGUCAUCGCUGUGUUCGUCGCGAUCUUCUUCAUUGGCGUAUGCAGCUGCACGUCCUGCCGGCGCAGACGUGGUCUGGCCAUCCUACCCCUAUUCCGUAGUCGUGAUGCUACGGCAUCUAACCGGAACCAAUCACCCUAUUCCGCUUCCAGCCAGCAGCAAGCUUGGGGAGGCCAGCCCACUUCUGCGCGCACUCAUCCACAAGAGCCGGCACCACCUCCGCCGUACCCUGGCAAGCAGGAAGACUAUGAGGGGCAGGAGGACAGCGACUAUGGAUACACCAUUCCCCCCCUACGCGUCGCCAGCCGAACUUCUGGAGGCUCCGUGCAACCUCUGAAGUCAAUCCUCCGUACCCCGCCCGCGGCGCACCUCCCUUCGUACUCACACGUAAGACCUUACUCUUCUCACGAUAUAGCCUUGUGUUGACUCUUCGGCCCAAUAGUCACCUGAGCGUUGAGUUCCAGGUUCCUGCCUCCAAAGUCAUCAUGAUGCUGUAGCUUAUCGCCCAGUGCUGUAGCCCUAAACUAUUGUACUAUAUUAUUUCACACACACGUGUUCUGCUCUUGCGUUGAUGGUACUCGCGCAGAUAUGGAUACCAUGCAGCUGCCUUUUUUCGCUGUGAAAGACCUUGGCAUAUGCGAAGAGGAGCAUCGUGCCAUGAAGCUUUCACGAUGUGCUUUCUUUCUCUCGGAAUAUUCUACUUAUAUUUCAGACACCUUCCUCUGUCCUCUUCCGUGACUUU